AUGGCGGCAUCGCUUGCCCUGACCGACGCACAGCUGGAGCUGAUAAGCUCCCUCGCGCAGGAAGACAUCCCCGCGAAGCUGCGCUGCGCCAUCUGCAGCAAGCUAGCCGUCAACGCAUACCGCCUGCCGUGCUGCGAGCAGGCCAUUUGUGAGAGCUGCUACUCAACUUUACCUUCGUCGUGCCCCGUGUGCGAACACUCGCCGCUCUCGAUCGACGACUGCAAGCCGUACAAGCCCCUGCGCACGACUAUCCGCGUGUUCCUGCGUACCGAGGAGAAGAAGCGCGAGUCUAGCCGGCCUAAAGAUGCUGCCCCCGCUACCCCAGUUGAUCCUAGUCCGGUGUCGGCUACCCCGACGAUGAGUCUGGAGCAGCAGAAGCCUUCUGUGGAGGAGGUCUCCGCUCAGGUCGAGGAGCAGCCUCAGGAUUCAGCUGAGCCUGCGGCUGAGAAUGCUAUGGAUGGUCAGGAGCGUGCGGAGGGCAUGCAUGACCAGGAAGCCCAGGAUGAGAGGCCUGUAGAUGAUGAGCAGGCGCCUCAGGACGGUGCUGAGGAGCCAGAGGCGUCCUCGACUGCCCUCGUCCCUGCCGAGAAAGCUGGCGACGAGGCCGAGGGCGGCGAAGGUGACGAAGCCCAGAACGAGGGCAAUGAGAACGGCGACGAGGACCAGAACGCCGAAGGCCCUAGUGAGGGUCAGUUCGGGCCCAUGAACGGCUUCUUCCCGGCCGGAUUCGACCAGAUGCAGAUGAUGAUGGCCAUGCAGAAUGGUUUUAAUUUUCCCAUGAUGGGCAUGAACAUGGACCCGAUGAUGAUGCAGAUGUACAUGAGCGGGGGUUUUCAAGGCAUGGGCAUGAACGGCAUGAACAUGAAUAUGGGCGGCAUGGGAGGCUACGGAGGCGAUGCCGAUAACUGGAACAACGGACAGCAGCAACAAGCAUCAUGGAAUGUCGGCCAAGAUAAUUUCAAUCAUCCAAGCGCUUCUGGCAUGGGCAAUGGUGAUUUUGGCACGUUUAACAACUCUGCUGGUUGCUUCCAGACAGGUCCAGUUGGUCCCUUCAAUCAAGGUAAUUAUGGCCAGAACCAGUUCCAUGACUAUCGCCGGAAUUAUCAAUUUGGGUUCCGCGGUAGGGGCCGGGGCCGCGGGUACGGGUAUGGCGGGUACGGCGGUCGCGGCGGUUACCUAGGAGGUUACGGUGGCUUUAACGGCUAUGGCGGCUCGUACAACAUGAACGCCCAGUUCCAGGGGGGCUUUGGCGGCGAUAUGGGUGACGGCAGCCAGGACAAUAGCAACAAUGUGGACGAGUUUGGGCGUCAGCUCCGCGAGGGUGAAGACGGACAGCAAGAGGGCGAUGCCAGUCAGCAGGGUGGAUCUAACAACUUUAGCAUGGGAGGAGACGGGCUGCCGCCGCCUAACCCUGACGUGCCGGCCAAUGCGCCCAAGGGCCCCAAGGCCAUGCUCCGCGGUUUGCCUAAUACAAGCUACAAGCAUCUGCAGGCUCGUGGCUUGCUUGAUGACGAUAAGCCUGUCAACAAUAACAAUAAUAUGAUGUCCGGCGGUGGGGGCUUCAGCGGCCCCGGGUCCAGCCAUGGUGGCGCUGGCCCCGGCGGCGGCAGUGGCUAUGGCUACGGCCCUGGCGGCAGCGGCAACGCCAGUGGUGGGUCUGGUGCCCCUUCGACCAGUGGUGAGAGGUAUGAGCGUGAGCGUGGCAGGUCUCGUAGUCCGUCCUACCAUGGUAGUGGUGGUCGAAGCGGGUACGAGCAUCAGCAGCGGUAUCACCAUUCGCAUUCGCACUCUCAUCAACAUCGCGAUCGGGAUCGCGAUCGCAGCAGGAGCCCUCGAGACCGGGAGAGGGACCGGGACCGGGACCGUGAUGUUGAUCGUGAUCGGGACCGGGAUCGUGAUGUUGAUCGUGAGUAUACUAGUAGCAGCCGGAGGCAUAGAGAGCGCGAGAAGGAGCGUGGCCGCGAUCGCUCAAAGUCUCCUGCUGGCGUUGGCGCGUCGGCCAGCCGGGGCGCUAGCCGUGAGCGUGAUCGAGAGAAAGAUCGUGACCGUGACCGUGACCGUGGUCGCAGCAAGUCUCGCAGUCGCAGCCGCAGUUACGACCGUCAUCGUCGUCGCGGCAGCCGUCGCAGGGCACAGGAGCGGUCUAACUCACCGCCGCCGCUUGACGAGAAGGAGGAGAAUACUAGCGCUGCAGACCGCCAUGGCCAUCGGUCGUCGCAUCGCAGAAAGCAGUCUACUUACGAAGAGGACACUUAUAAUCAAGAACAGGAUCAACAGCAACAGCAGAUGCUCCAGGAGCAGGAUUACCAAGUCCAAGGUCAGGAAUCUCGGGAUGGGUCUUUCCCUCCUCCUCCUCCUCUUCCUCCUCCUGCUGCUGCCAGUGGUGGUCAGGAAGAUGAUUCUCGCCGCUCAAGCCGUCGUAAGGACCGUCGUGAGCGAGAAAAGGAUCGGGACCGUGAGAAAGAAAAGGAUCGUGAACGGGACCGCGAUCGUGAGCGUGACCGCGACCGGGAGAAAGACGAUCGGCAUAAGUCUAGCAGCCAUCGGUCUUCGCAUCGCGACCGAGAGAGGGAUCACGAUCGAGACAGGGAUCGCGAGCGGGAUAGAGAGCGUGAGAGGGACCGUGAGCGUGAUCGCGAUCGCAGGGACAGGGAGAAAGAUAAGGAGCGUGAGAGGGAGCGCCGGGAUCGCCGCGAUCGGGAGAAGGAAAGAGAUCGUGAGCGGGAGCGCGAGCGUGAGAGGGAUCGUGACCGUCACAGGGAUCGCGACCGUGAGCGUGAUCGUGAGCGCGAGAGGGAUAGGGACCGUGAGAGGGAUAGAGAGCGUGACAGGCACAGGGAUCGCGAGAGGGAUCGUGAUCGUGAGCGCGACAGAGAUCGUGGUGAGCGGGAUCGCGACCGUCAUCGCAGCGGCAAGGACAUCAGCUCUUCUGCUGCUGAUACAUCUGUCGAAAAUAACUCAAAAAACUCCAACAUCACCUCGAACAACAAUGCCAAUAACACCGGCUCCAACAGCUACAACUCCAACGACUUCCCGCCCCCCCCUCCCUCCUCCUCCUCCCCCUCCUCUUCCGCCUUCGCCCGUCGCUCCUCUGUUGUCUCGAAUACCACUAACAAUAACCACACCGCAAAUCUCGACAUACGCGAGACCCGUGAACGUGAGCGUGAACGCGAACGCGACAGAGACCGUGAUCGCGAGCGCUUGCUGCGUGAGACACGGCGCAUGGCGAGUCUGACGGGGUUGGUUGCUGCUGCCGGUGGGGCGGGGGUCAAGAGGGCUAGAGAGAGGGAGAGAGAGAGGGAGAGGGAACGUGAGAGGGAGAAGGAGAAGGGGAUGAUGAAUGAAGAGGAGAGGGCUGCUGUGAGGAGGAAGGGUAGAGGGGGUGUGGUUAUUGCUGUUGAAGGGAGGGAGAAGGAGAGGGAGUAG